AUGUCUCUCGAAGCUGAGACAAAGAGCAUUGUUGCUCAAUUCGAGUAUACGGACGAGGAUGUCAACAAGGGUGUUUUGGAAUUCCUCCGCCAGAUGGCUGAGGGUCUGGAGAAGGAUGGGACUAGUCUGAGCCAGAUCCCCACAUACGUCACUGCGGUGCCAAACGGCACAGAAAAGGGUCUGUACAUGGCUGUCGAUCUUGGCGGAACAAACUUCCGUGUCUGCUCGAUCAAGCUCAAUGGCAACACCACCUUCAAUCUUGCCUACAGCAAAGUCGCGAUCCCCAAAGAGCUUAUGGUCGCAAAGACAGCGCAAGAGCUCUUUGCGUUUCUAGCACUCGAGAUCCAGAAGUUUCUCCAGAAACACCACGGAGACCAAUUCGAACAACAUGUCAGGCGGCGCUUGACCAUGAGCUCCCCGGAUGGCUACAGGGAUGAGAAUGCAUUCCGCAUGGGGUUCACCUUCAGCUUCCCUGUCAAACAGAUCGGAAUCAACAAAGGCACUCUCAUAAGGUGGACGAAAGGCUUCGAUAUUCCCGAUGCGGUUGGCAAGGACGUGUGUGCCCUUCUGCAGGCUGAGAUCGACAAGCUUCACCUGCCUGUCAAGGUAGCUGCUCUCGUCAACGAUACGGUGGGAACUCUCAUGGCCCGGUCAUAUACCUCCCCGGGCAAGCAUGGUACCAUGCUGGGUGCCAUUUUUGGCACGGGCACGAACGGCGCGUAUGUGGAGAAGUUGUCCAAGAUCAAGAAGCCACUCGAAGGCGAGUACGACCAAUCUACAGGCGAGAUGGUCAUCAACACCGAGUGGGGUUCUUUCGAUAACCAGCUCAAUGUCUUGCCCAACACUCCAUGGGACGAUGCACUGGACAAGGCGAGUCCAAACCCUGGCAUUCAGAUGUACGAAAAGCGCGUCUCGGGCAUGUUCCUUGGCGAGAUCCUGCGACUGGUUGUUAUCGACCUCCUGAAGAAUCCCAAUGUCUCAUUCUUCAAGGAUGAGAACUCGUCAUCGAACGAUUGGGUGUCAACAACCACCAUUGCAGAAACAUCGGAUCUCUACAAGCAGUGGGGUCUUGACACCUCCAUCAUGUCGGUUGCCGCGGCGGACAAUACCCCCGAGCUCUCGACUCUCCGCCAGGCGCUCGAGUCCACACUGCACGUCUAUGCCCCCGCCCACGACGAUGCGCAGGCGUUCAAGGCAAUCGCCAAUGCCAUCGGUCGGCGCGCCGCACGGCUUUCGGCCGUUGCCAUCGCGGCAAUUGUCCUGCAGUCGGGCAAACUGGACGACCCGGCGUUCCAGGAUGAACCGAUUGACAUUGGCGUUGAUGGAAGCUUGGUUGAGCACUACCCUUAUUUCCGGGAUAUGAUUUAUGAAGGGCUGCGCAUCGUUGACGGCAUUGGCGAGGAGGGUGCAAAGCGCAUUCGCAUCGGCAUCGCCAAGGAUGGAUCUGGCGUCGGUGCCGCUCUCAUCGCCCUCGUUGCCGCGGGCAUGGAAAAGAACUCGAGCGCGGCCGACUACAUUGGCGAGAUACGCUCAAAGGCUGAGGAGCACAAGCUCAACGCCGUCCCCGAGGAUGACGAAAUGGCCACGGCUGACUAG